AUGUUAACUAGGGAACCGCGGCUGUAUUCUUUGAUUGUGACUCUUGUUCUUUCUGCUGCUUAUUUGUCAACAUUUUUAUAUAAAAGUGACAAUGUUAAAUUUAACCCGAUUAUAUGGACUAACUUAAGUCUUCAAGAACAGCUUUCUAUUCGAGAUAGAAUACUUUCAACCGCAAUAAAUAAAUCCACGCAUACGGUACCACGUGUUGUUGUCUCCUUGACAUCCUUUAGUUCACGCCUGAAAUAUAUUGAUGAUACACUUCAAAGUUUAUUUCGUCAAACCUAUCCACCCGACCAAAUUUAUCUUUUUAUGCCAAUAAAAAACUACUCGCGAUUUAAUUUACCAUCAUUUUCACCAACAACCAUUAUCGAUAUACAGCAAACAUAUGAAGGAAAAAAAUUAUAA